UGACAACUCUAAUUAUUGUUUAAUCUCCUCACCUCUCUCUGUACUAGAUAACACCUUGUGCCAGCCAUAUUGGAUACAGAUCUACCACUGAGAAAUAACAGGAGAUUGAGGGAAUACCUGAUCCUACACUAAUCAAAGCUGAAUUUCCAUGCCCAGCAGCUCGAAAAAGCAACUUUUCUACAAAGAUUGUGUCUUUAAGACUGUGAUGAGUAUACUUAACCAGACAACUCAGAAGAGAUUUGAUCUCCUCAAAGAUCAACUGAUAAUAUCCGGGAUAACUAGUGCAGACACUCUAAAGGCUGUUGUUUCCUUGAUAUUUAACAAGGCUAUACUGGAACCAACAUUUUCCUCAAUGUAUGCCCAACUCUGUUCUGAUCUCAAUGAAAAACUGCCUUCAUUUCCUUCUGAUGAACCUGGUGGAAAAGUGAUCACGUUCAAGCGCGUUCUAUUAAAUAACUGUCAGGAGGUAUUUGAAAGUGCUCACAAACUGCGGGAAGAGGUGAGGCAAAUGACAGCCCCUGAGCAGGAGUCAGAACGUAAGGACAUAGAAUGGUUGAUCAAAUUGCGCUAUCUUGGGAAUAUUAGACUUAUUUGUGAGCUUUUUAAGCAACAAAUUACCCCGGAAAAGAUUGUUCAUCACAUUGUUCAGCUAUUAUUCGGACAAGAUCGCAAAAUUUGUCCGGAAGAGGAGAAUGUUGAAGCCAUUUGUCAGGUCUUCAACAUCAUCUGCGAGCAGCUUGAUAAGAACGAAAAAUCAAGGUGCAUCAACGAUGUGUACUUUAGUCGGCUGAAGGAGCUUUCAAUAAAUCCUCAGUUGGGUCCACGGCUGAGGCUUAUGGUUUGUGAUGUGCUGGAUUUACGUCCAAGUAACUUGGUCUGUAGGCGGGAUGAGGUGAAGGCAAAAACGGAGAGAGUAGAAGCAUACAAAUAUGAGAAAUGUUUGCCUUUUCAUUUUUCCAGACUACUGGAGAUGUGUUGUGAUCUAAAUGAAAUGCUGCCUUCAUUUCUUUCUAAUGAACAUGGUGGUGAAUCGACUACGUUCAAAUGUGUUCUAUGGAAUAACUGUCAGGAGGCAAUUGAAGGUACUUACAAACUUGGAGAAGAAAUGAGGCGAAUUCAGAACGUAUGGACAAGGAGAUCAAGUUUAUCAAAUCGCGUACUCUUGGCAAUAUACGGCUUAUUAGAGAGCUUUUUAAGCUAAAUACGGUCCCCAAAUGGAUUAUUCUUUAUAUAUAAUGGUUUUGUUAACAGGAACUGUUGGGGGAAAAGCCUAAAUGUUGUCCACCAGAAGAGAACGUUGAAGCCAUUUGUCACAACAUUGGAAAGGUGGUUGAUGAGAGACAAGAUUCAAGGAACAUCAACAAUCUUUACUUUGGCUCUUUGAAGAGACUCUCAACAAAUCCUCAGUUAGCUCAACGUCUAAGGCUUAUGGUUUGUGAUCUGCUGGAUUUACGCGCCAAUAAUUGGAUCCCUAAGCCAAUUUUGAUCCUCUGAAAAUUGUUACAAGCUUGACGAGCUAAACCAAACAAGUCAUUUUGCUAACACAUCCAUUAUUUAUCAGUUAGCUCCACGUCUAAGGUGUAUGGUUCGUGAUCAUGUACUGGUUUUACGUGCCAAUAACUGGUUCCCUAAGCCUAUUUUAGUUCCUUGAUCCUCUGAAAAUACUUGCUCUUAUACUUGUCUGUUGUGUUGUUUCAAAUGCAGUAUCAGUUUUGUCUAAUAAAAGUCUGAAUUCUUGAGAAGUUAAAUUAUUUUUGCUCUUGGACACACUUGCUCAAGUUAUCCGAGACGGAUCUGGUGUGUCAUAAGGGAUUUGCCUUUUCUAUUGACUCCUGCGGAUUGUAAGAAUGAAGGAGUAGUAAGGACCUAGCUUUCAUCUGUUGCUAAAAUGUAACGU